AUGCCUGCUAUUGAAGCACAGGCUACAGCUGAUGCCACCUCAGAACCUCCGCCGGACGGGGGUCUCAAGGCGUGGCUUCAGAUUGUUGCCGGACAUCUCGUUGUCUUCAACACAUGGGGCUACAUCAUCAGCUUCGGCAUCUUCCAGCCAUACUACAUGGAGAUGCUCAACCUUCCGGCCUCGGCCGUGUCUUGGAUCGGGAGCAUCCAGACCUGCCUACUAUUUCUCAUUGGCACCUUCUCUGGACGUGCCUUUGACGCUGGAUACACCAGGACAUUCCUAAUUAUAGGAUUCAUCAUGCAGGUGGUGGGAAUCUUCACGACGAGCGUUUCAACCACAUACUGGCAGCUGUUCCUUGCGCAGGGGAUUUGCCAGGGCUUGGGCUGUGGGCUUGUUUUUGCGCCGACGAUUGCCAACAUGUCGACGUAUUUUUCCAAGAAGAAGAUCCUGGCCUUGUCGGCGGCUGCUUGCGGCGGUGGAACUGGGGGCGUCGUCUUCCCCUUGAUUGCGCAGCAGCUGAUUCCCAAGGUCGGAUUUCGCUGGACGGUCCGAGUCAUGGGCUUUGUGGUUCUGGCUAGCAGCGUCAUCAUCGUUUCGCUCAUGAGAACGAGGCUGCCGCCGCGAAAGGCUGGCCCUCUGGUUGACUGGUCUGCUUUCAAAGAGUUGACCUAUGUCCUGUUUGCCAUUAGCAUGUUCAUCACGCUUUGGGCGACGUAUUUUGCAUACUACUACGCACGCCCGUACUCAAUAGAUCGACUCGACGGAUCUCAAUCGACAUCUUUCAAUAUGCUCAUGAUUAUCAAUGCUAUUGGCAUUCCAGGACGACUUGUACCGGCUUUCCUGGCUGACCGAUACUUUGGAGCCGUCAACAUGUUCAUCCCCACGAUCCUGGCCGCGGCGAUUUGCAUAUUUGCUUGGGCGGGCGUCAAUUCCAUCACUGGAGAUUACAUCUGGGUCGUCUUCUUUGGCUUCUUCGGCGCCGGCAUCCAGGGCAUGUUUCCCGCGACAACAGCCGGGCUGACCAAGGACCUGAGCAAGGCUGGUGUGCGAAUCGGCAUGAUAUUCACCAUCAUCAGCGUUGCAGCGCUUACUGGGCCGCCGCUGGCUGGAAAGCUGGUUGCGGUGGCUAAUGGAAGCUAUAUCGGAGCUCAGAUCUGGGGAGGAGUUUAUGCUUCCAGUUCUCUGGCCCCGAGCCUCCUCCGCCGCGCUCAAUCGCUAUCUGAAGAGCAUGAUGAUCUUCAAAAGAGCCUCAACAGCUCCUUUGACGCCACCAAGGCCAAGCGCGCGGGUGAAUUGGGCCGUGUAGCCUCCGCCCUACGAGCAUGGGAGACGGCCCAGUCGUCGAUUACAGAACUUGUCUCAAUGACAGAGGACCCAGACCAGGACCCAGAUCUUGCAUCUAUCGCCAAAGACGAGCUGGAAGGAGAGCGCGCGAAGCUGGACAUGCUGGAGAAGAGACUCAAGGAAAGUCUUACGCCGAGACACGCCUUUGCCGAUUUACCAUGCAUGGUUGAGUUUCGACCCGGGCCGGGAGGUCUUGAGGGCAGGUACUUCACCGACACGCUAUUCAAGAUGUACAAGGCGCUGUGCGCACGGCGAGGCUACAGGGCCAACGUGCUCAAGUACGAAAUGGCCGAGGCCGCAGGCGAUCAGUCCUCGUCCUCCGGCGAACAGCCCGUCCAGGAAGCCGUCCUCGAAAUCCAAGACCAGGGCGCCUACGACAUCUUCCGGGGAGAAGCUGGCAUGCACCGCGUGCAGCGCAUCCCCAGCACAGAGAGUAAAGGCCGAGUGCACACGAGUGCUGUGGCCGUUUGGGUUCUGCCGUCGUUUCCAGAAGGCGGCAGCGGCGCGGACAAUGUCGAUGUCGACGACCCGGAGAGCGACUUUUACGUCAAUCCUCAGGACGUCAAGAUUGAGACGAUGCGAGCCCGGGGAGCUGGUGGACAGCACGUCAACAAGACUGAGUCUGCCAUUCGCAUGACACACAUCCCUACUGGCACCGUGGUCUCCAUGCAGGACCACCGUUCGCAGCAGCGCAACCGCGAGGACGCGUGGAAAGUGCUUCGUUCCCGUAUUGCCAGCCAGCGUGCCGAACAGCGCGAAGAGGAGGCAUCCAAGCUUCGAAGCAGCGUCUUGUCACAGGCCCAGAUCACGCGGGGCGACAAGAUUCGCACGUAUAAUUACAACCAAGACAGAUGUACGGACCAUAGAGCCGGGAUGGAUGUGCAUAAUUUGCCGGAUGUGCUUGAGGGAGGAGAGACGCUGGAUAAAGUGAUGGAGGCGGCGAGGGAGUGGCUGGUGGGCAAGGAGGUUGAAAUGCUGGUCCUGGAGGAAGAGGCCAAGGCGAAGAAGUGA